CUUGCAGCUUAAGCGCCGCCGCGGUCUGAGGAAUGUCAACUAUUCAACAUGGAGGCGGAGGUCGAUAAGCUCGAACUGAUGUUCCAGAAAGCUGACUCUGAUCUGGAUUACAUUCAGUAUAGGCUGGAAUAUGAAAUCAAGAGAAAUCAUCCUGAUUCAGCAGGCCAGAAAAAUCCAGUUUCUGUCCUAAAGGAAUUGUYAGUGAUGAAGUCUCGCUAUCAAUCUUUAUAUGCACGUUUUAAACCAGUUGCUGUUGAGCAGAAAGAGACUAAGAGCCGCAUUUAUGCUACUUUGAAUAAGACUGUGACCAUGAUAGAAGAACUACAAAAGCAAACAGAUCUGGAGCUGUCACCACUGACUGAAGAAGAGAAAACUGUGACAGAGCAAUUAAAAUCUCACAUAACAGACUCAUGAAGAAAUGGACUUGCAAAAGGAAACUAAGGAAGAGAUCCAUUCCAGAGAAAUUUAGGAAGAUGUUUUGUUAACACUUGAUGAUUGGAGGUGGGGGACUGGUAAAGGAGAGGAGGUUUGGCUUGAGUGACAGGAUA